AUGUCUCGUAAGGUGGAUCAACUGCCGAUGCCGGCAGCGGUGCGCAAGAUGAAGGUUAUUGUAGCCAGUCCUAGUCGGUCUGGAACGCUGGGUCUCUACCAAGCAAUGAAGAUUCUGGGGUUCAAGACCUAUCAUUUCUACGAAUGUAUUGCCGUGAACGGCGUGCCCCACAUGCAGGCUUUCACAGAGGGCUUGAUAGCCCAGUUCAAUCGAAUAGCUGGAGUGAAGAAGUUUACCAAGAAGGAUUUCGAUAGAUGGCUUGGGGACUAUGACUGUCUUAUCGAGGUUCCCAGCUACCUGGGCAUGGAUCUGAUCCAAGCAUAUCUGCAGGAUCCAGAUGUGAAGUUUAUUCUCACUGAACGAGACCCAGACAAGUGGGUGACCUCUGUCAACAAUACAGCCGGGGGUGUGGCCCAAAUGGGACAACACUUUCCAUUCUCCAUCCUCAAAUACUUUGAUACCACCAUCUAUGAAUUUCUGGGUCUGAAUGAGCUUGUUUAUAAGGCUUUGUCGGGGUGCACAGAGCUCAAUGGACCGGACAACCGCGAGAACCUUCGCCAGUACUACGUGGACUAUAUCAAACUGGCAAAGGCGACAAUUCCCGCCGAUCGUCUGUGUCUGAUUCAACUCGAGGACGGUCUUGAUUGGGAAAGUAUUUGUCCUUUCCUAGGCCUUCCUAUUCCAGAGGAGCCAUACCCCGAUCGCAAUGAGCCUGAGAAGUUCCAGGCUUUGGUUCAAGACUUCCUGCAGCCGAAGAUCAUAGCUUCCAUCAUGAGGCUCAGCGCCGUGGCUAUUCCUAUCGUCGGCGUUCUUGGCUGGGCUGCUGUUCGAUAUGCGCCCUCCUUUGUGGCUUGA